AUGAUUAACCGGAUUAAUGAGCGUCAGCAAGUGAAUGGAGAGAAGGUGCACCUAGAGGAGGUCUUGAGCAAAAAGCGAGAGGCACUGAGGAUCCUCCAGCUGCACUGCCAAGAGAAGGAAAGUGAGGCUCAGAGGUUGGAUGUCAAAGGAGAGCUGGAGGAUCUGAUGGGCCAGCACAAGGACCUCUGGGAAUUCCAUAUGCUGGAGCAGCGACUGGCCCGGGAGAUCCGUGACCUGGAGAGGAGCAAGGAGCAGCUGCUCUCGGAGAGAAGGCUGGUGCGCGCCAAGCUGCGGGAGGCGGAGCGGCGGCUGCGCUCGCCGUCUGAGGUCGAGGGCGCCAUGGCGGCGGAGGACGGGCUGAGGGCGGAGCUGGAGAUAUUCGGGGAGCAGGUCCAGAGCGCCCUCGAGGUCCGAGUCGGCCAGGGAGAGGCCGGAACGGAGCUCCCGGGCGCCCGCGACGUGGAGGACCCGGAGCCGCCGGUGGCUGACCCUGAGGCCCCCUAGGCUAGCAGGACCCGCCCAGUCCUGACCUUCCCUCCAGACGGUCCAAAAAUAAAGGCGAUCGUUUCCGACC